GGGGUUUCCCCCAGGAAAGCGGUGUGCCGCCCAAGAGAGGCCUGCGGGAAAUUCCUUGUCGGGAAGUUGGGUGCGAUGCCGCCCAAGGAGCGCGGCAGGGGCAAGCUGCCUGUUCCUCUGCCGAGAGACAUGAUCCUGAAGGACACCGAGGGAAAAACGUGGAGGCUGGGCAGCCAGAUCGGCCAGGGCGGGUUUGGCCUGAUCUACUUAGCUUCCCCUCAUAUUCAUGUUCAAGUAGAAGAUGAUGCAACGCAUGUAAUUAAAGUGGAGUAUCUUGAAAAUGGCCCCUUAUUUUCUGAACUGAAAUUUUACCAACGGGCUGCAAAACAAGAGCAAAUAAGAAAAUGGAUGAAUCUCAAAAAAAUAAGAUGCUUAGGAAUCCCAGUGUUUUGGGGAUCAGGCUUGGCUGAGCACAAGGGAAAAAGCUAUAGAUUCAUGGUCAUGGAGAGACUGGGGGAAGACCUUCAAAGAAUCUUUCAAGACUGUGGAAGCAGAUUUAAGAAGGAGACUGUUCUGCAACUUGGGGCACGAAUGCUGGAUACUUUGGAAUAUAUACAUGAAAAUGAGUAUGUUCACGCUGACAUUAAAGCAGCAAAUCUGCUGUUGGGCUACACCAAUUCACGUGAGGUUUAUCUUGCAGAUUAUGGACUUUCCUACAGAUAUUGUCCCAAUGGGAACCACAAACAGUAUCAGGAAAAUCCUAGGAAGGGCCAUAAUGGGACAAUAGAGUUUACCAGCAUAGAUGCCCACAAGGGAGUAGCCCCGUCCAGACGAGGUGACCUUGAAAUCCUUGGCUACUGCAUGCUGCAAUGGUUAUGUGGGAAACUGCCGUGGGAGCACAACCUGAAGGACCCCGUAGCUGUCCAGGCUGCAAAGACAAAACUUAUGGAUGAGCUCCCACAUUCGGUGAUGGAAUGGAAUUCUUCUGGAAGCAGCUGUAGUGAACUAUCCAAGUUUUUGGUGUGUGUUUAUGGCUUAGCUUACGAUGAAAAGCCAAAGUACCAAGAGCUUAAGAAAAUCUUGCUGGAUGGACUGAAGAGGAGCGGAAUUCCCUAUGAUGGCCCUCUGGAAUUUUCCACUGCAGGAUGCGCACAAAAUCACUGUGCUGCUAAAGCAUCAAAAGCUCGCUUACCAAAGCCUAUGCCAAAACCAGCUCAACAGAAGCAAGAAAAGAUGGAAAGUGAGGAAAACAUCUGUCAAAACAAGGCCAGGACACGAGCAAGAGGCAGACUGCUCCAAGAUGAAGAGAAGCCAAGUAACUUGUGCCGGACGCUUCCCCAAACAGAGCCUCAGCAGGUUCACUUACCAAAGCCUUCAGCAAACCCAGUGAGACAGAGGCAGAAGGUGAAAGAGGAUGCCUCUAAGUACCCAAGCAGGCCCCAGGCUCAGAUAACGCACAGGAAAUGCCAUGCUGAAGAGAAGCCAAUGACACUGAACAGCACCAUGCAGGAGACUGACCCACAGAAGAAAGACACAGGAAGAGAAUUACCACCACUCAACCCCCAGGCAUCAUUCUUUGAGUCCAAAAGGAAACUAGAGCAGCUCUUAACUACAGCUCAUCCACUGUCUUUGCAAGAACCUGGUCUUUCCGUACCCACAAUAUUUAGGCUCGCAUUUACUGAAGAAAGAUACCACUACAGUAUAGCUAUACUUGUACUUUUGUUUCUGAUAUUACUUUCCUUGUAUUUUCUUUGAUGCCACUGUUUCAUUGCCUUCAGUGCAAGUGCGCCGACGUUCCCCUCGUGGUGCUUUUCUCAAGGUUUCUUCACGGAAGAUUUCAAUGCCAGGGGCUGAGAAAAUAAUUUUGUAAAAUAAAGCUGUAAAUGCACA